AGCAGAAGGAGAAAGUGACAGACCCAGUACCAGCAAAAGGUGCAGAUCUAAUAACACAUCUCCCGAAGAAACACAACGCCCGCAGCCCAAAAAGCCAAAAGCCACUCAACACACAUCUAGCUCUACCGGAAACCAGCUAAAACCGACUCCAUCUUACAGGGAUGUAGCCAAUGCUUGCAAAGUGGCUAUCGCCCAUGAGAAAUAUCCGGAGGUGAAUCUCACUGGUGACCAAAUGGAGUUGAUAAAUCGAAGCUCCUGGAAGAAAUUGACAAACUUCCCAAGCACAAUAGUGUCUACGGCUUCAUCACCAGUGUUAACAGAGACGGAUGGCUCUCAUUAACAUGCUGCAAUGGUGAAACGAGGAACUGGCUGACCACCUGUGUCCCAAAACUCAAACCAUUCCCGGAUGCUAUUCUCAAAGUGUUUCAGGGCGAAGAGAUGCCCAAAACCUAUGUGUGCAUCACAUUUAUUCCCCCCUCUGCUGUGCUACCACCAGAAAUUCUGAUGUCCCGAUUGGAAAAACAAAAUGGUGGCAUUUGCACAUCAUCGUGGAGAAUUCUCAGGACUGAGAAAGAUAAGAAUGGUGGGGAAACCGUUACGAUCUCAGUGGACGAAAAAUCCAAAAAUUGGAUAGUCGGUCAGGCAGGGAAGCUGUAUCUGAACUUCACACAAAUUCACGUACGUGUGAAGGGAGAGCCAACUGGACCCAAGAAACUGACGACAAAAAGGCCAUUUACGACAGAGAAACCCAGUGACGUCAAGCAACAGGUGCCUCCAUCCAAAAGGCCGCUUUCAGGUGAUAAACCCAGUACCUCAAAAGCACAGGCAGAUAAGCCAAGUGAGACGGUUAAGGUCACACGGGACAGCACCCGAACUGAAGUCGGACCCAGCACCUCAAAACAGCAGGGUGGCACACCGGUAUCUAGCAUAAAGGACCAGAAGCAAGGGCCAAAGAAACCAGCUUCAAGAUCCCCUCGACAGGAAGCACCCACUCAUGGGACAAAAUUGCCCAAGUGGAUGCGGAACGGUAAAGGACGAUACCAAUAAAAUGAUGAGGUGCCUGCAGGUUAAUCUUCAACACGCCAAAGCUGCUACGGCGGUGUUGACACAGCGACUUCUAUCUGAAAAGAUUGACCUAGCCUUUAUCCAGGAGCCAUAUGUAUAUGAGAACCAGAUAAAGGGAAUAAAAGCACACCAACAAGGACCAGGUAGCAGCUAUAAUUUCUGUGGACACCCCAGUAAGUAAGACAGAGCUCAUUGUCUGCUCAUCUUACCUACCUGGAGACUCCCAAAACCUGGACUUCC